AUGAUUGAAUUGUAAGAGACUAAUCCAAAAGAGGAAAUCGACUUUGGGUAAAGAGUGUUUCUCUAUUUGUUAGAUAAUCCACCUUGGAAUAUCAGGGUGAAUAUGAUGAUCAAUAUAAACUAACAGCAAUCUAUUAUAGGAUCAACAAGUGCAAAUAGAUCAUUUAUUAUGUUUUGCUAAUUCUAACUCUUGGAUUAUUGUACUUAUUUCAAAGAUGGUUUAUAAAUUUGAGAUUAUUUCUAUUGUAAGCUUAAAUCAUGUAAAAAGAUUUGAAAAAUGCGAAUUUGGUACAAUGACACAUGUUUUAGUGAUCAAGACCAAGAACAUAAUUCCUAUUGCAGAUGAUCAAUUAUGCGAAGUUACCGUUGUUUAGGACCAUCCCUUUUCUAAAAAUGCACGAGUCUUUAAUUACGAGUUAAGUGAUUACUUCAUAGAUACUUAUUCAAAAGCAUUAGUUUAGAUGAGGAAUUCAUUUUCCUAGUACACCUAAGAAAGAAUCUGCAAUAUGAAAGGCCUGACAGAAUUGACUAACAUUUAUGGAUAGAAUAUAAUGGAAAUACCAAUUAAACCAAUACCACUCCUUUUACUUGAUGAAAUAUUAACACCCUUCAAUAUCUUUUAAUUUAGUGCUCUGGCAUUAUGGGCAUAUGAUGAUUACUUAAACUAUUCUCUCUUCAUUUUAGCUAUUACUAUCAUUUAAAUUGGAAUUGAAUUGAGAGAUGUCAGAUAAAACUUAUAAAAAAUCCAAAAAAUGAUUAGAUUCAACGUCGAUGUCAAAGUAAUAAGAAAUAACAAUUAAAUUACUAUAGAAUCAAAAGAAUUGAUUCCAGGAGAUCUAUUAAUAAUUGAAGGACAUACUAAAAUCAGUUGUGAUUGCAUUUUGAUUGAAGGGAAUUGUGUUAUGAAUGAAGCAGUGUUAACAGGGGAGAGUGUGCCAAUUAAUAAAUCCAGUUUAGAGAAGAACGAACAAUUGUUUCUAUAAAAAGGGAAUGAAAAUAAGAUGCUUUUUAGUGGUACUACUUGUUUACGAAGUUAUUCAUAAAAUGGAGAACAUGCCAAAGCAAUUGUAUACUAAACUGGAUUCUAAACAUUAAAAGGCAGUCUGGCUAGAUCGAUCCUGUUUAAUAGAACUCAAACUUUCAGCUUCUACAGAGAUUCGUUAAGAUAUCUCUUUGUAUUGGCCACAUUAGGAUUGAUAUAAGCAAAUAUUACAAUUUUAAUUAGUGGGGCUCAAGGAGUUGCCCUUGGGGAAAGCAUAAUAAACGCUUUAGAAAUAGUAACUAUAAUCGUUCCUGCAACAUUGCCUACUGCUUUAGGAGCAGGUAUUAGUCUUGCUUUGAAGCGAUUAGAAGAUAAAUCCAUUCAAUGUGUAAAGCCUGAUAAGAUAAAUGUGGCAAGCAAAGUUAAUUUAGUAGCUUUUGAUAAAACAGGAACACUGACUGAAUUAGGACUUGAUGUGUUGGGAUGCAGAGAAAUCAAGGAUUAAGGAUUUAAUAGACUAUAGGUGAUUAAGGAUGUUUCAGAACAAUUCAAUGAGUGUAUGGGUAUUUGUCAUUCAUUAUCAAUAAUAAAUAAUGAAAUAAUGGGAGAUCCAAUUGAUUUAUGUAUGUUCUAAGAGACAGGAUGGGAGUUAGUGGAAGAGAGUAAGGCAAGAAAAGGAGGGAAAGAGGUAUCAGUCUCAAAGCGAUUCGAUUUCUAAGCAGAGUUAUAGAGGAUGUCAGUCAUAACAAAUCAAAGUAUCUUAUAUUGUAAAGGAUCACCUGAGUAGAUAAAGAACAUCUGUAGGAAUAUUCCUAUUAAUUAUAACAAUAUGUUAUAGAAGUACAGUAGUUAGGGUUUCAGAAUAAUUGCUUGUUGUUAUAGAGAUGUUGCCUCUUUGCAUAUGCAAUAAUUACAUAAGAGAGAAAUCUAUGAGUAAAAUAUGUCAUUCUUGGGAUUUCUCAUUUUUGAGAACAAAUUAAAAGCAGAAACUCAAUCUACAAUAUUAAGCUUGAAGUAGAGCAACAUCAAAUCCAUUAUGGUGACAGGUGAUAAUCCAUACACUGCAAUUAAUAUUGGGUUGUAAUGCAAUAUUUUGGAUCAAAAUAGCAGAAUCUUUUUGGGAUUUCUCAAUGAUGGAGCAUUAUAUUGGAAUGAAAUUAUGCAAUUGAAAACAGAUAAAGUAGAUGAGAAUAGAAGUUGUUAUAGUUUAGAUUCAAAUCAAGCUCAGAACUUAGAAACUAAUUAGAUUAUGAAAUUAAGUUGUCACUUUUAACUAGCUAUAACUGGAUAGGUUUUCGAAUAUUUGUAGUUUUAAUAUGCUGCCUUACUGGAUAAUCAACAAUGGAUCCUAAAUCUUUUAUAGAAAACGUACAUUUAUUCAAGAAUGAAACCCAACAACAAGGGGGAUCUUAUGCUUCUCUUGAGAUAGGACAAUUUGAACUUUAUUGCUUUUUGUGGAGAUGGCACUAAUGAUACGUGUGCUUUGAGGCAGGCAGAUGUUGGUUUAGCCUUAUCUUUAGAGGAUGCUUCUUUGGCAUCUCCUUUUACGAGUACCAUAUUCAAUAUUUCAAAUAUGAUCAAUUUAAUUAAGGAAGGGAGAGCCUGUUUAGUUACUUGUGUGGAAUGCUUCAAAUUUAUGACUUUGUACUCUUGCAUUUAAUCUGCUGCUGUAUUGUAAUGCUAUUUUUAUGAUACAGACUUCACUUAAGUUCAAUAUCUUUAUUAGGAUCUCUGGUUGAUAAUCCCUUUAGCUUUUACAAUGGAUUUAACAAAAUCAUAUAAUAAAUUAGCUAAUUAUCGACCAAUAAGCAAUUUAAUCUCAUUGCCAGUUCUGUCUUCUGUCUGUGUGAUUAUUUUCAUAUCCUUUCUUGCUUAAAUGAUUAUGCAUCAAAUAUUGAAACACUAAGGUUUCUACCAGGAAAUGGUAAUCGAAUUGGUUAAUGAUGACUAUUAUAUGCAGCCAAAUUAUACUAAUUCUAUAUUGCUAAUAACUUCCAGCACUGAGAUUUUGGCUGUAGCUAUAGCAUAUACUCAAGGACCGCCUUUCAGAGAGGCCAUCUAUCAGAAUUUCUAUUAUAUGAUAGUGAUAUGUAUGGGCAUUGCUGGAUAAAUUGUGUUAAUAUUCUUCCCCAAUUUGACUGGCUUUUUAUCUUUGGAGGUGGAAUUUCCAACGGACUUUAAGAUUCAAAUACUAGUAGUCAAUAUUGUAGUAGGAAUUACAAUAGUGUUUUAUGAGAAAUUGAUCACUGCUAAAAUGACUUAGAAAUACGCAGAAGUAGAAAUUAAUUUAGGAAAUCAAAAUUGA